CGCCCCGCCCUCGGAAACAAUCUACAGUCAUGUGACUUUAGCUUCUGGUUUAGCAUGUAGAGACCUGAGUUAUAAAAUCGUUAAAGGAGCCGGGAGAUUAAAAAAAGCAAAAUGGCAGAUGAUUUAAAGAGAUACCUCUAUAAACAGCUGCAAAGUGUUGAAGGGCUUCAUGCUGUUGUGGUCACAGAUAGAGAUGGAGUCCCGGUAAUCAAAGUUGCCAAUGAUAACGCCCCGGUCCAUGCCCUGAGACCCGGCUUUUUGUCCACCUUUGCUCUUGCCACGGAUCAGGGCAGCAAGCUUGGCCUCUCAAAGAACAAGAGCAUCAUCUGCUACUACAACUCCUACCAGAUCGUGCAGUUUAAUCGCCUUCCUCUGGUCAUCAGCUUCAUCGCCAGCUGCAGUGCCAACACAGGUCUCAUCAUGGGUCUGGAGAAGGAGUUGGCUCCACUAAUAGAGGAUCUGAGGCAGGUGGUGGAGGUGACAUGAGCGUUUGACUAGCAGCAGAUUUCCCCAGAUUACUUCAAGCUCACCAUAUUCCUAUCUUUUUGUUAAGCUGUUUGUGCAAUGUUGCAAUGAAUCAGUUUAUUAGACUUCUUGCUUUGUUGGUCUUGGUUUCAUUAUUCUUGUGUUGGGUCAAAGUCUAAAUAAAGAGAUUUGAUUUCUCACA